AUGCAGGAAUCGCUACAAACAUGCUCAUAUGUCUUACCCAAGAAAAAUCGAAGAUGUCGAAUGCUUGUGAAACCCGGAAAUCUUUUUUGUGGAGAGCACGCUAUUUUUGACACGAAAAACACGGUAUUUCUUUUUUCGCUCUUCUUACUGUAACUACAUAUCUGGGAUUAUAAAUAAAUGUUCUCCUACUUUUUAUAGAAUCGUAUUAUUUGCCCGAAUGAUUCGAAACAUACAGUACUUUUGUGUGAACUCGAAAAACACUUGUUGAAAUGUAAUUCACGAAUAUCUGAAGAGGAUUAUAUUCGGAAAGAUGCAAAUGCGAUUGUGGCCGAGACGAAGUUUGAUGAGAAAAUUGAUCGGAGGCCAAGUGAGGUGGGAUCUUACAGGGUUGGGUUAUUUUUAGAAGAAAAAUCGUGUUCAGGUCCGAUCUUUUCUGAAUCAGGAAGACUGUUUUUUGAAGAAUUCCUAAUUUUAUUAAGUUUUUCAAAAACUUAUAAAUUUCCAGAUAUUUUAUUCAUUGCUUUCAGAAAUUUCUAAAAUUCAGUUCGAAAAAAUCGAAUAUUUUCCUCCAAAAUUCCUCGAAUUUUCCAGGAAGAAAUCAUCUCUGUGAUCCACAAAAUUUGGAAAUAUUAUGAAGAAAUUGCGAGCCAUCAAUUAAUUAUCGAUUUUCGCCACUCGAAUCUUGUUCAAAAUCACAUCAAUUCCAAUCCAAUUAUUGGAAAAGACAAGAAAAAACAUCUAAUUCAAAUUGGCUCGAUUUUGGAGCAUUUGAUAGAAAAUGGUGACUGUCGAGAUGAAAAAGGGACUUGUGUAUUUGAAUUAGGAGCUGGAAAGGUUUGGAAACCUCAUAGAUAAAAUAAAAGAAAAAAUGUUGCAGGGUCAAUUGGCUUAUUGGAUAUCAAAAUCAGUUCCAAAUGUGAGUAUAAUUUUGAUGGAUCGAAGUGGUUGUCGGAAUAAAUUUGAUAGUCAAAUGAGAAAAGAGAAUCCGAAUUUGGAUUUUCAACGAUUUCGAUGUUCAAUUGAACACAUGGAUUUAUCGAAAAUCGAAACAUUGACAAAUUCCAACAAAAUUAUUGCAAUUUGUAAACAUUUUUGUGGAAGUGCAACUGAUGCCGGUAUUCGAUCGCUAAUUAAUAGUGGAUUAAAAUUCGAUAAUUCUCUACUCAUUCCUUGUUGUCAUCAUAAAUCAAGAUUUGCGGAAUACGGUGGCCAUGGAUUAUUGAGAAAAUUAGAAAUUGAUGACGAAGGAAGUUUUGCGGCUUUGAGAUAUCUUGCAAGUUUCGCAACAAAUGGAGCCGAAUCUUUAUCUCAAACAGAAUAUGAAGAAAAUUCAUGGAAAAAUUUAUAUCCGCCUGCUGAAUUGGGUCGAAGAGCGAAAGCGAUUCUCGAAUUAGGAAGAGCUGAAUGGCUGCAAGAACUUGGAUAUAAAACCAAAGUUAUCGAAUAUGUUCCAGCGGAUGUUUCCCCGGAAAAUUUAUUAAUUCUAGCCAAGAAAAUCUAA